ACUUUCCGACUCCUCGAACCAAAGAACCAAGUCAAAAUCUAAACACAUACAGAAACAGAAGCAAAGCAAAAACGGAGCAAUAAAACAGAGGAAAGCAGUACUAAUGGAGUGGAUUAAAGGAGAAAUGAUUGGUAAAGGAAGCUUUGGUACAGUAAACAUGGCAACCCCAAGAGGAAACUUCAAUGAAUUUCCAUCACUAAUGGCAGUAAAAUCAUCAAUGGUUUCUCAAUCUUCAAUGUUGGGAAAAGAGAAGGAGAUUCUAACUCAAUUAAAAGACUGCCCACAAAUUCUUCAGUGUUUUGGUGAUGAUGUUACUGUUGAAAAUGGUGUUCAAAUGUAUAACAUAUUUCUUGAAUUUGCUUCAUUGGGUAAUUUAUCUCAGCUAAUCAAAUCUGGAAGUUCAAUGGGAGAGUCUGAAAUUAGAAAUUACACAAGAAUGAUUACUCAGGGGAUUGGUUACAUUCAUGAAAUGGGUUUUGUUCAUUCUGAUAUUAAACCACAAAAUAUCCUUCUUUGUUCUGGAGAAGGCAAAAUUGAUUUAAAGAUUGCUGAUUUUGGGUUAGCAAAAAGAAGUGGGAAAAGUUCUAACGGAUUCAUUGGUACUCCACUUUAUAUGUCACCGGAAUCGGUUUCAUGUAAUGAAAAUGAAACAGCUUCAGAUAUAUGGGCACUUGGUUGUGUUGUUGUGGAAAUGAUUACUGGAAAACCAGCUUGGAAAUGUUCAGAUUUGAGUAAUUUAUUAUACAGAAUUGGGUUUACUGAACAAGUGCCAGAAAUUCCAUCAGAAAUAUCAGAACAAGGAAAAGAUUUCUUGAGAAAAUGUUUUAUCAGAGAUCCUACAAAGAGAUCGACGGCUGAGAUGUUACUGAGACAUCCAUUUCUUUCUAACGAUUUUGAUUCUCAAGUCGGUUCUAUUUCAUUCAAGGAAUUGAAGAGAACAUAUUCGUCUCCUAAAAGUACCUUUGAUUUUCCUGAAUCAUGGAGCGAUUCGAUUGAAAAAGAUGAGUCAAAUUGCUCUACCUGUUUGAAAGAUCGAAUCGGUGAAUUGGUGUUAGGGAAGGAACCAAAUUGGUCAACUUCAGAUAGCUGGAUUGUUGUAAGAUAGGAAAAACCUAGGAAACAUAGUCCCUCUGUUUUCUUUGUUAGGAAGAGUUAGAAAAACUGUAAAUACAACAGAAAUUUACAUUCUUUUACUUAUUUUUUGGGCAUUUUUCAUUGCCCUGUGAAUUAGUCCAAUGUUCACAAAUGAUCCAAUUGGACCCCCAUUCUUUGUAGGCAGAUUCAUUUGUUAUGUAAAGCAAGCAAAAUUUCUGUUACAGAAUUUCUAGAAUUGAA